UUGCUGAUUGGGACGAACAGGUCUUCUUCUACACUCUUCUGCUUUCUCUCUCCCUUUCUUCCUUCGGGGCUUGGGAUUUCACGUCUCCAUGCCUCGAAUCUUAUUCUGUGUUUAGAUUUUUCGUCUUUCAUUUUCCUCCCCAAAUCCCUUGAUCAGGUGUGCAAAGUGAUUUUGCUCACUCUCAGAGUCUCAGCUGGAAUUAGGUGGUAGGAGAGAAGCUGGUGAAAGAGAGAGGAUGUCAAGUGGAGCAACGCACUGGUGUUAUGAGUGCAGACGGACAAUCAUACCUGAAGGAAGAGAUUUCACCUGCCCUUAUUGUGGUGGAGGCUUUGUGAUAGAACUUGAUGAGAUGCAAAGAUCGGGAAAUCUGGAAGAUUUUCAUGAAGUACCCGAUAUUAUUGGUGCUAUUCAUGCAGUUAUGGGGAGGGGAUACCCCGAAAGAAGAUUUCUUGAUUCAAUUGAUAGUCUCCUGGGGCAGAGAACGGCUGGACGAUACCCAAACUUUGAUGUUAGGGGGAGAUCUAUAUCUGCCAUGGGUCCUGAUCAGAGUUGGGGUUUUAUUAGUUCUGGUCCUUUCGUGAUACUUCAUGGUCAUGUUCCUGGAUUUACUUUGACUAAUGGCAUCCCUAGAGCUGGUCCUAGGCGUGUUGACGUUAGUGAUUACUUUAUGGGGUCUGGACUGGAAGAACUUAUUGAACAGCUGACCACAAAUGACCGGCAUGGUCCAGCCCCGGCCUCACGUUCUUCAAUUGAUGCAAUGCCUAUCGUAACAAUCACACCAGCCCAUCUUCGUUCUGAUUCUCACUGCCCAGUUUGUCAGGACAAAUUUGAACUUGGUUCUGAGGCUAGGGCAAUGCCAUGCAGUCAUAUUUAUCAUUCAGAUUGUAUUGUUCCUUGGUUGGUUCAACAUAACUCGUGCCCUGUUUGCCGUGUCGAGUUGCCACCUCAUGGGCAAGUUGGUCGUCAUGCCAGUCGUAACACAGGAGGAAGUAAUGCAGAAAGCACCAAUAAUGAUAGCCUUAGGGAGAGAGAGCAAAGCCAGCAGAACCAAGGAAGGAGAAAUCCGUUUUCAUUUUUGUGGCCAUUCCGUUCUUCUAGCUCUAACAGUAAUCAAUAUGCCGAGACAAGAGGUGGCAACUCUUCAAACAGUCGUGACCAGAAUAAUGGAACAAACUAUAGCCGAUGGCGCUUUGAUGAAUGAAGUUUCUUUUCCUGUCCUUUCUCGGUAUUAGUUACUGUCUAAUAAUGCUUUUGUAAAUUAAGUGGUAUGGGAAAAAAAAUUCUUGUUAAGAUUGUAAUUUCAAAAAUUUCAAACGUAUGCAAGCCAGAUGAUGGAUGGAAGCUUUUGAACAUCACUUUGUUCAUGUAUUGGUGCUUGGUGAGUUGAAUGAAUCUGCAGCUUUCACCUGCUAUCAUGCAAUUUGAUUA